GCACAGCGUUACUUCGACUCAUCAUCGUCCCGUCCCCCAUCUCCCUCACUCAGGCAUGUCCGCAUUAUAAUCCAUGAGACAUGCGGGUCUGCAUGGCUAGGCAUAACUCUUUCCACCUUCAUCAAACUACAUAGGUCAAACUGUGUAUCUCGUCUGUCACGGCGCUGAUCAUCCCUGCUAUUACUACAUGCAACAUGAACAAUAUUCGGCAAGACUCUGGCCCCUCUCCAACUCCCGAGUCAUCGUUUGGAUCUCCUCGCAGGAGAGCGUCAUCUCCCAGGCCCCAUCGCCCAUCAGCUGACGGCCUCCUUUUCAACAAUGAGCGACAGGUACCGCCGCCCAUCUAUCUGAGAAACUCUAGUCCUCGAGGUUUAAGCAGUAGAGGGGAAGUAAAAAUCCAUAUUCCAGCGUGGGGAAUAGCCUUUGUCCGCCCACCCCGGCCUCUCGAGGUUCAUCCUCUAGAGACGACUCCUAAUCACCCAAUACGACCUCCUAGCAAAGAUACGGUGCUGUCAGGUGGCCUCGAGAUCAUCAUGAAAGAGCGCCGGCGAGUGAAAGCCAUUUCAGUUGGAGUCCAAAGUGUCUGUAGGUUGUAUAUGGGUCAGUCGAGAGGCUGGGAAGAAGACGGAAUAUUUGAAAGAGGUGUAGAAGUCUUGAGCGGAGAUGAAGAAGGAAUCUGGCUGGAAAAGGGCAGUCAAUCAUUCAGUUUCUCGAUCCUCCUUCCGGGGACUUUAGCAACGACAGAUUCCCACACAUUUGGCCGCGUAUCUUACAUUAUUACAGCUCGAGUGGAGGGCAUAGAGUCGAGCACCUCAUCUUUUUCCUCUAUCUUCAAAUUCAAAACCCUAUCAAAUUCUUUUCCCUCAUCCACAUCUGGAAUACCCAACAUUGCUGACUUUGAGCGGGUGAUUGCCCGUUCAAACAAGUUCGCUGCCGAUGUAGCACUGGGCAGAGCGAGAAGUGCGUCAAUGUCGAGGAGUGGAACAAGUGAUCGAGUGUCCACUCCGGAGCCCGGCAUAGAUAGGUCUUCGAUCGAUGACCAGGCAGUGAGCGAUGUGAUCGACAGCGGGUCUCCGCCAUUUGAUGGCCUUUAUACUCGACGUCACUCGUCUGACCUCUCUCCAGUGUCGACCCCUUUAUCGCUUAGCUCUUCUCUUCCGGACACGAGUUUUCGCCCCAAUCGCAAUGGUAACACGCAGACAGAAAAGGCUGGCUGGUUAGAGGGCGAUCUGAAAGGGUCACGGGAGUUAUCGAUCUAUGCUGUUUCACCAUCUACUGGAGGAGUCUGUCAACUAGAUGUCAGAAAAGAGGGAAGUGUUGAUGGUCUCGGGUCCUGGAAGUUCAAUGCUGCUGCCGAGGUCUUCUCUGUGUCUUCAGUGAUUCUUCUAUCUAUAUCUAUACCGGCACCUUCUGCGAAAACAACCAUCUUCCUUGCUCGACUUGUUCUCACUCAGUCGUACACAAUUACGUCUCCACGAACGCCUAAUGUGCCUCCUUCAAGCCCAGAAUCACAGCAAAAAUUCGUAUUAUAUCAAGUCGGAAGACAGCACAAACAGGGUGAGGUCGCCCCUGGGAGAAGUGCCGACGCACUUUGGAGAGGCAUAGAGGCAGCAGGUGCAGGAGGUGAAGAAGGGUGGAAGAUCAAGGCUGUCGCGAGAAUACCUGGACAUGACAAAAUUAGACCUACAACGUACGAUGGGACAAUAACCCCCAUCAAGGUAUCGCAUGAGUUGACCCUUCAGCUGUAUUAUUCCAUGGAUGGUUUAUCUGUUACUGGGCAAUGCGUUGAAGGUCCUGGGGCCUUGCGGCUGAUGCAAGUCAGGAUUCCAAUAUUCCUUCCUUCUUGCCACUGCGUCUCCGAUGCCCUCCACUUGCCGACUUAUAAUCGGUCAAAUACUUCGCCUUGGGAAACCAUUGAUGAGUUCAUGGCGUCGCAACCGGAUGACAGGGCUUGUAUGUGCGGUUGGACGUUCGCAGAACUCGGUGAAGCAGCUUUGAGAAAGAUGCGAAUGACGGAGAGAGAUGAGGCCGAAGAACAUUUAAGACAGCUAGCUACUGAAGGGAAUAAAGGACGGCGGGAAGAUUAUGACAAUGGCGAUGCAGUCAUCUAAAUUUAUACCUUUAUAUGGCCCUGAUUUCAGCGGAAAAGCUGUAGCUCAAGGACUCCUUGAACCUCCGGAUCAAGCGAAAGCGGAAGCCAGUAGUAAUACUUCCUUUUGGUUAGUAUUAAAUCAUAGAGGUAACAC